GCGGUAUGAACAGUUCUGGCAUUCUCUGGACAAGUUUAUCUGACGUGUACUUGUUUUCAUUGCGGUGGCCGGAAUUUAAUAUUGUAAUUUAGCCUAACUCCCAAAAAUAUAAACACCAAGGCAACAUGAUUACCGACAUCCAACUGGCCGUGUUCUCCAACAUCUUAGGCGUUUCGAUAUUCCUGUUGGUCAUCCUCUACCACUACAUAAACGCUAACAGCACAAAAUGAAUGAGUAAAGCACCACAAUUCAGCUUCAAUAUGUUAUAAACUUAUAAUUAUAUAAUUCCAUCUAAUAUUAAUUAAGAUGUAAAUAAAUUAAGUUGUCUCAUAA